GAUGCUUGUGCAGCUCUUGUGCACCCAAAUCAUUAAACAGCCAAUCAAAUCUGCCCCUGACAUGUGCCCUCCUACUGUUCAGUGAAUGACAAGAAAUUAUUACCUCAAGUCCUCCUCUUAUCUGUACAGUUUGAGUUUUACAGCGCAGAGGACAAACAGGGUCUCAGGCAGAGAAGAGUCUCCAGAAGAGGAGAGUUCAGAUACAGUGAUGCCACCACACUGUGCUGUCCUUGUGCUUUUCAGCAAAGUCUAUGGUCUGCUUGGGAAGAACAUAGUUCAGCCUCACGCGCUUAUGACAGCUCAGCUGGGAGACACUGUGACUCUCCCAUGUUUCUAUGCUAAAGAUGAUGUGCUAUGGUACAGAUGGUUUAAGCAGCCUCUUGGACAGAAGCCUGAGCAAUUGUUAAUGAUAAAAAAUUCUGAACCUUAUACUAUAGAUUUCAAUGAUUUUAUAAACAGUACACGCCUCAGUGCUAAAGCAGCAAAGGGGAGCUCGAACCUGACUGUGUCACAAGUAGAGCCGUCGGAUUCAGCCACAUACUACUGCGCUAUUGUGCUCUACAAUGAUAUCACCUUUGGAGAAGGAACUACAUUAAUGGUCCUGGGGUCAGAGUCACACGGCAGGACAGUAGUACUGCAGCAGCCCGAGUCUGAGUCAGUGCAGCCAGGAGACUCUGUGACUCUGCAGUGUACAGUACACACUGAGACCUGUGCAGGAGAACACAGUGUGUACUGGUUCAGACAGGGCUCAGGAGAGUCCCCUCCAGGAAUCAUUUACACCCAUGGAACCAGGAGUGAUGAGUGCCAGAGGAGCUCUGGGGCUGUGUCUCCCACACAGAGCUGUGUCUACAACUUCCCCAAGAGGAACCUCAGCCCCUCUGAUGCUGGGACUUACUACUGUGCUGUGGCCACCUGUGGGGAGAUCCUGUUUGGGAACGGGACCAAGCUGGACUUUGAGGGAAAUAAAGCCCUUUCUCUUUAUUGCUUGACGGGAGCUUUGAUGUUGAGCGUGAUCCUAAAUAUUGUUCUUGCUCUGACCAGGAGAAAAGGCUAUGAUGAUUGCAAAGGAGCUGCAUCAAACAACCAAGUGAGCGGAGAAGACUUAGCGAACAAACAGAGUCAAGAGGCAGAAAUGCAUUACGCUGCUUUGAACAAGAGGGAAGUGGAGAAGGAAUAUGAGGUUAUGAGAUUUAGAGACCGCAAGUGAAGCUUUCCAUAGAAAUGUAUCUUUGUCACAAGAAUGAUCGAAAUGUUCCCUCACUAGAGUUGGUGAUCAUUAUGCCAUGUGUCUGUAAAUGAUGUCACAUUUACUGGAUUUGCCAAGAGCUGUGCUUGUUCUUAUAUUUUUGCUGUUUUUCAAAUACACAAAGUAAAA